AUGCAUCUCACGGGGUGGUCGAUAAAUUUAGUAUUUUUAACUCUUGCGAACAGUUUAAUUGUUUUUGUUGGAUUUAUCGCAGCAGACAGAGCCCCGGACAACGCAUCGCAAGCUCAGGUGCUCGCCAGCGGCCAAGCUGGGGGCCCUCCAUACACCACGGCAGCAGGCAAAUGCCCAAGUGCUCGUAGACUGGAAACGCUGAAGAAUGCGUCGCCUGUGUGCCCCAGGGAGAUAGCUCGGGAGAGCUCAGCCGAGGCGCAUGUACAGCGCAAGGAGGGGGCAAGCGUCACGAACAGUGGCAGCAAAAAUGGCACCCCCCAGGGGACAAACAGCGGCGAGGAUCGAACAGCCGGUAAUAAAAGCGGCAGCAUUAACGAAAGUACUAGCGCUAAGACCAGCGGAGGAAGCAGCAACAGCAGUGCCGGCGGCGACGGCAGCGGCCGCAAGAGCAGCAAGAGCAGCAGCAGCAAGAGCAGCAGCAGCAAAAGCAGCAGCGUGAACCCCAGCAGCCACAGCCAGGAUGCCCAACUGCGCCUUAGCCUGUGGGACAGCAUAGUGCUGAUUUUACUGGGUGCCUUAGCCUUGGCGAGCUCGGCUGCGCUGAUUGACGCCAGCUUUAUAGGGGACCUCUGGAGGCGUUUUUGCUACAGCUGGGCCCCUCUCCGUCGCCUUCUUCGCAAAAGGAACAAGGCUAAAAUUAAACUUCAAGUCUUAGCAGCAGAAUACGAACGAGUGGUGCAAGCAAGGUCAAGAAUUGCCCCUCUUUGGUUCGUUGCAAGACAAACAGGGGACAAAAACGAGAUGGCCUCCUUAAAGCGCCAAGUGAGGAAAGCUGAUAACAAACUCGCCACCAUUCGUGUUCGCUACGCGAAGGAACUCGCGAAGUCGGGUUUCCUGCGGCUGCUGCUGCGUUUCGUGAAAAGCUGCAAAUGGGCUCCCAGCUGUCUUCGGUCUUCGGAUUUGUCGAGCUUGUCAGACACCUCAGCUCGGAGUGUAUCGACGGUUGAGUCUCUUGUGCACAGAAGGAUAGAAGCUGAGAACACCAACAAGAAGAGAGGACACGGAACGAGUAGCCGCAGCCAUGGCAGCAGCAGCAGCAGUAGCAGCAGCAGCAACCGUAGCCGCAGCAGCAGCCGCAGCAGCUCCAGCAGCCGCAGCAGCAGCUGCAGCAGCAGCUGCAGAAGCAGCCGCAGCCGCAGCAGCAGCAAUGACGCGGCGUUGAACGAGGCCUGCAGCUCUGAGAAAGCAGGAGCGGCAUUUGAAAAGAAAACACAGGAAGGCAAACAGAAAGCCAGAGACAGCUCCAGCGGGUCAGACAGCGAGGCGCGGCUCCUUUCCCGCUGCAUGCAGGGCCCCAAAGAUCACGUGCUUUUGUCGCACAAGCUGGAUCAGCUAGCAAAGAGGAAGCAGCAGUCGAUGCGGAGAGUUAUUCGGCUCGGUGAGGCGGGGCCUAGCUGUACAGACAGCCCUGACUCCCGAGAGCAGGCAGAAGAACAAUGA